AUGCUGCGACAAAUAAAACCCCGCAACGCCCGCUCCAAGCGGGCCCUCGAGAAGCGCGCCCCCAAGGAGAAGGAGAACCCCAAGACGUGCCUGUUCCUGCGGGGGACGACGUGCUCGCAGGUGACACAGGACGCGCUGGCGGACCUGUAUUCGCUGCGGCAGCCGCUGGCCAAGAAGUUCACCAAGAAGAACGCGGUGCACCCGUUCGAGGACGCCAGCUCGCUCGAGUUCUUCUCCGAGAAGAACGACGCCUCGCUGCUCGUCUUCGGCAGCUCCAACAAGAAGCGGCCCCACUGCCUGACCCUCGUGCGCACCUUCGGCCACCGCGUCCUCGACAUGCUCGAGCUGGGGCUCGACGGUGACUCCUUCCGCCGCCUCGCCCAGUUCCGCGGCAAGAAGCCCGCCGUGGGGCUGCGGCCCAUGCUCGUCUUUGCCGGCUCCGCCUUCGAGAGCACCGUCGCCAACGAGUUCACCAUGGCCAGGAGCAUGCUCACCGACUUCUUCGCCGGCGAGCGCGGCAGCGACAAGAUCGACGUCGAGGGCCUGCAGUACGUCGUUGUCAUCACCGCCGAGGAGGAGGCCGCCACCAGCACCGGUUUGGGCGACGGGAGUGCCGCCAAGCCCGCGAUCCACCUGCGGACGUAUCUGAUCCAGACGAAGCGGAGCGGGCAGCGGUUACCGCGAGUCGAGGUCGAGGAGAUGGGUCCCCGGAUGGACUUCCGCGUGGGCCGCAUGCGGGAGCCCGACGAGGCUAUGAACAAGGAGGCCAUGAAGAGGACCAAGGUGGGCGAGGAAAAGACCAAGAAGAACGUCACCAUGGACUCGAUGGGUGACAAGCUGGGCCGCGUCCACAUGGGCAAGGUGGACCUGAGCGGUCUGCAGACGAGGAAGAUGAAGGGCCUGAAGAGGGGUCGGGGUGCCGAGGAGGACGAGGACGACAGUACGGGCGGGGAGGAAGACGUGUCCAGCAAGCGGAGGAAGUGA